AUGGCGACCGCCAGUAUCAAUAUAAAAAUUAAAAUGGGAAAUUUAUUCGGUACGAGAUCAAUGGAGGAAACAUUUAGAAAAAAUCAAGAAUUCAUAUCGGAAAUGAAUAAGAUAAAAACGGAAAGAUACAUACACAUGCAUAAUUUAUGGAGAGAAAGGGAAGCUGCUAUGAAAAUAGCUAAAGAUCGAGAACUCGUUCUAUGGCUUGGAGCAUUUUAUUUAGUUUCCGUUCCGACAUUGUACAUGACGUGGAAAAAAACGCAUAAUUCAAAAAUUCUCGCGCCCAUCAUACCCUUUACAUUUAUACUCGCUUACGAAAUCGACAAAGGCUAUGGAAAUAAAUUGGACAGGAUACGACAAGAAGCGGAAAUGAUAAUGCAAUUCGAACCGGAAAUGUUAGAAUUACCUUGCGGUUUGCCAACUCCUUGGAGCAUAGAUGAAGCGAGAUUAGAAGCAGACGAAAAAAAAAAAUUACAUCCAGCCAUUCCAUUAUUGUAA